GCGUUACUUAACACUGUGUAGCUUGUGUUCUGCUGACAGAGAGGAAUUGUUGAAUUUUUAUUUAACUAUCGUCUUCAUUUCUAUCAAUUUCUGGGACGAAGGGCGAAAAAGUGUUUUAAGUAACAAAUUCCUGCAAAAUAUUAAUUCCUUAAAAUAUACGUCAUAUCAACAAGACAAAGUCACAUUAAAGAGAAUAGGUUGUAAGAAUUUGUAUAUAUAUUAAAUAAAUAAAAGCGGAAACAUGUUUCGUCACAACGCCUUAGCUGGCUUGCCUACAUAUAAACUAAUCCUUGGUUUUGGAUUGUGCACUUUGGGUGGCGCUAUGUUAUACGCCUACUUCAAAACUCGCGAUGAGGACGAGGAUGCAGCACAACAAAAACCAGACGUAAAACGGAAAAAAGUACAGCCAAUAUCAACAAAACCGACGAAGCAAAAAGAGAAAGAGGUAACAAUUAACUUUGAGAUAUCAAACGAGCAUAUUCCAUUGUGUGUAGGACGUAGUGGGACAAAUUUAAAUACCAUUGAACAACAGACGCGCACGAAAAUUCGUUUGCGAAACAAAAAUGAUAAGUACAAAAUAUGUGAUAUAACCGGCGACGCAACCGGUGUAAAGCAAGCACGCACAUUAUUGCUAAAAGAAAUCGAACGGGCGCCUAUUAUCAAGGAAGAAAUCUGGGUACCGCAAAGUGUGUGUGGUAAAAUUAUGGGUCGGUGCGGUGAAGCAAUGCAAGAAAUAUGCCGCAUCUCCUUAGCCAAAGUAGCUGUAGAUUCAGGAGGCGGUCGUAACGGUGGUGCUAUGGACAAACGGCGCAUCCUAAUAACCGGUAAUCAGCAACAGGUGAACAUUGCACGCAAAUUGAUUGAGGAAAAAAUUGAAGAGGACGAAGAACUUCGUCGGGCGGUCGAAGAGGUCGAACAGCGGCGUGAACCACGUCGUUCAAAUAGCAUUAAUUCCAGUAUGUACUCUUCACAAACUUCAUUAAGUUCACAUUUACCUCCCCGUGAAAAAAUGCUCGCUGCCCGAAACGAAGAUAAGCCAAUGGAGGUUUACGUCUCUGCGAUAGCAUCGCCUUCUAAGUUUUGGGUACAGAUUAUUGGUCCACAAUCCAAAAAACUUGACGACAUGGUUCAUUCUAUGACGGAGUAUUAUAGUGAGCCGGAGAAUAAAGCUCGUCAUCAAAUUUCUGAACCGUACUUGGGACAAAUAGUAGCAGCCGUAUUCAAAUACGAUGGGAAGUGGUAUCGCGCAGAAAUUGUGGGCAUUUUACCAAAUCAAUACAACCCAAACGAAUUAGUAUUAGACCUAUAUUUCGUUGAUUAUGGCGACAGUGAAUAUGUAUCGCCACAUGAGGUUUUUGAGCUGCGUACAGAUUUUUUAACUCUAAGAUUUCAAGCUGUGGAAUGCUUCUUAGCUGGUGUGAAAUCCACAGUGUUGAACGAUUCGGAUACUUGGGAUCCACAAUCCAUUCAAAAGUUCGAGGAACUUACCCAAGUUGCCAAUUGGAAAAGGCUUAUUUCACGAGCUAUAACCUAUAAAGAACGUCAGAAAGCUGCAGUAGGCAUUGUCGCAGCUCGCGAAAGUUCACCUAUUCCAGGUGUUGAACUUUUCGACUUGACUGAAGGUGUGGAAGUCAACAUUGGUCAUAUGCUAAUUUCGCAUGGAUUCGCCUUGCCUGCCGAUGACUUGUCACGACCACGCUCGCCUUACUAUCAUGUUGCACCAGAGGCGUCAACGUUUCGCUCAACAAGUUCAAACCCAUCUCUGUCAUUAAGCCGCAAUGAGAGAUUUUCAAGUAGUAACGGAAACUUAAAGACAGACGAAGAUUCUUUUCUGGAGGAGCAAUUGGACCACCUGCGAAUCAACAAUAAUUUACAUUUAAAUGACACUGACGAUGCAAGAAUCGCAUCUUUGGCUGCAGAAACAGCAUCGAAUCUAGACAGACUCACCGCAUCUGAGUUUAUAAAUGAAAAUUUCGAUGAUAAGUCUUCAAAAUUACCUGGAAAUGGAAAUAGCUAUAACAUCAAUGGAAAUUUAAACCGAUAAAAGCGGAUUCAAUGUUAUUACUUAGCAUAAGGAAUUUAUUUUCGUGUUGCUACUUACUUACUUAUAAUUUACCGUAUUGUUUUACGUUUAGUGCUUAAGUUACUCUGAAUAUGUUUGUAAAUAUUUAAAUGAUACGAUAUUCAGCUCAAACCUGUCCUUUAGCUUGUGUUUAUUGUUUAGGUGUUGUUAUUGCUUUUCAAAAUUAAAUAUAUAUGUAUACGUAUGUCGGUAAAUUUUUUUACUAAAAUAACUAGAGUUUUACAAUGUUUCCGGGAAUGCUUUAGACAUGACAUUUUAAUUUAAACUCCAAAAUAAUAACUUAUUAAAUUAAGGUAAUCACUGAAAAAUUCAAGUAAUUGCAUACUUAAUAGCAUAACAUGUGAAAGUGCGUAUAUGGAUUUAAUAUAUGGAAAAUAGGCAUAUGAAGUAAAAUAUCGUACCAAUUACGUAUAUAUUUGCCGAGCAUGUAAAAAAUGUACCAGGACACAUGAAUACACAUAGGUAUGUUCAGCAAAAAAUAAAUUUUUUUAUUUCAUGAGAGAA